UUCAACACCAUGGCGAAAGCGACGUCAACUUUGUUCGAAUAAAAUUUUGUUUUCGAUUAAAAAGAACUGUUUCGUGUUUGUUUUUAAGUGAAAAUGCUCUUUGUUAAGUUACCUUGAGUGUAAGCGUAUAUUUAAGUGUUCAAGUUCUUGCCAGAAAGUUAGAAGUUUUGUGUGCAAAGUUGUAAAAGUCACUCGAGAAUUCAGGUGUCAACGAGGAUGUUAUUCUCCUCAUAUACGGCACCGUUCAGCUGAAGUUUGAAGGUGGUGUCUCGCCAUGCAGCGCGCGGGUGGGAGCAGGGCCUGUGCGCCAUGAGCCACACUCCUGGAGGCGGCCAUCCGCAAGGUUGGGAGCACAAGCUUGCAGACAGGUCGUCGCUGCCGCCAGCCCCCGGGGAGGAGAAGGGCAAAUCUCAGUCCAAACAUGUGUUCACACAGCCUCAUCUCGCUAAGGCGGGCGCUAUGUGGUGGCGCGAAGAGACGGAAGGCUCGUCGGGCAGCUCGGCGCGCUCGCCCGCCUCGCCGCCCUACGUGCGGUGGGCGCGCGCGCUGCACUUUCUGCUCGAGGACGCGGAGGGCGUGCGGCUGUUCCGCAAGUUCGUGUGCGGCGCGGGCGGGCUGCACGUGGACCGGCUCAACUUCUACUUCGCGGUGCACGGCCUGCGCCAGGAGACCGAGCCGUCCAAGAUACGCCAAGUCGUCUCCGCUAUAUACAAAUUCCUGCGCAAGUCUCAGCUAACGAUGCCGGAAGCGCUGAAGACGCAGGUGAAGCAGGCGCUCAAGGACGGCGCCAACAUCGAGAGGACCAUCUUCGAUGAGAUGGAACAAGAGGUGACGCGUGCGAUCACGGAAACCACGUACCAGGCGUUCCUGCGCUCGGAGGCCUACGUGUCGUACGUGAGCGCGGCCACGCAGCCGCUCUCCUCGCCCGACGCGUCGCCGCCGCACAGAGACAUAUCAGUGUGCGGUCAACUAGCAACACUACACGAAGGGCAGGAAUUAAGCGGAGGCAGUGGUGCUGCCCGACUUACUCACGACGCGUUAUUAGCCACGCAGUCGAGGAGAUUGCACUCGGAUGUCGCACCACGGCUGCACAAGCGGUCGGUGUACAGCGCGCACGUGUCGUACGCGGGGUACACGCCCACCUCGCGGCAGGACUCGGAGCGCGCCAGCCUCAGCAGCGGCCGCACGGACAGCGACGCGGUCUCGCUGUCCGGCAGUAGCGUGGAUGGGAUGUCAAUACGAGGCCCUCGUGACAGUCGGGAGUCGCGGCAUCGCCAGCGACUGUACGGGCUCGAUCGGCAAGCUGUUAUCAACAAGGAGCAGGAUACCGCUAUGAUGAUACCACGCACGCAACGCGUACAAUCCGAGCAACUCCGCGUGCUGCCGCCUAGCGAGUUUGCGCCGCUACUGAUCGAGAAGUUGGAGCGUGUGCGCCGCGACCGGGAGAACAAGGAGCGGUUGGAGAGACGACUCGCUGAGGGUGAAUGCGACGAGACAUCGAGCCAGGUGUUGCCGCCGCAGCUGGUGGCGGCCGCCAUACGGGAGAAACUGCAGCCCGACGACGACAACGAUCAGGAUAUUUUAGACCAGCACGUGUCGCGCGUGUGGUCGGAGCGCACGCCGGGCGCGUCCCCGCCGGGCGGGCGCCGCCGCCGCGCCCCGCGCCGCGCGCCCUCCUGCCUCUCCGCCGACUCGGGACACUGCGACGAGCCGCCCGCCGCGCGCAGAUCAAUAAGCAAGAAGGCGGCGACGGAGCUGACGGACAGCGGCGUGUCGGUGGUGAGCGAGGGCACGGCGAGCGGGCUGAGCGCCGCCAGCGAGCCGCGCAUCCUGCUGUGGAUCGCGGAGGGCGAGCGCCUCGAGCGCCGCGCGACCUCCGCCGACCGCCGCGACCGCAGGCCCGCACGUGGUGGUGGCAGCAAGUCGAGCAGCACGAGCGGUGGGGGUGGUGGUGCUGGGAGUGGGGGGGAGCACACGGUGGUGGUGGCCCACUUCCUGGACGAGAGCGUGCCGUACCGCUUCAAGGUGCCCGCCAGCCCGCUCACGCUGCGCACCUUCAAGGAGUACCUGCCCAGGAAGGGGAACUACCGAUAUUUCUUCAAAACGGAGUGUGCAGAUUUGGACAACACGGUGAUACAAGAGGAGGUGAGCAGCGACAGCGACACGCUGCCCAUGUUCGAAGGGAAGGUCAUGGCUAGGGUCAAGAGCAUUGACUGAAUUUGGACCUUAUGUGUAUCGAGAUAAGGGUGUAAUUACAACUUGUAUGAAAAGAAGAAAGAAGAAAAUAUGGACAUUUUAAAGAUGAUACUUGACUUUAAGAAAUGGUUUUGUUGUCAAAGAUACAAAUGUAUCCAGGUUUUACACUAUUAGUAUCACUGUUGUUUUUGAUGACAAGUGAGGUACACUAAUUAAUAAAUUACUAAAUGAAGGUACAAUAAAAUUGUGUAUCAAGAUAUUAUGAUAAUUGUUUUUUAUGAAGGGCAAAGUGACGAAAGCUUAACCUGGUAGCUUGUACGAUACUAAAAAUAAAAUUUGGUGUAUUAAGACGAAUGAUCAUGAAUGAACUUAAAAAUGUAUUUAUUGCAAAUAAAAAAAUUGACAAAAAUAAAUUUGUAACUUGGAAUAACUUGACGAUUGUUCGUUUGUACAUCUGUACGUGGGCAUGACUAAAACGAAGUUUUAUUUUGGUAUUUUUUAUUUCUACUAAGGCAACGAAUAUUCAUUAUUGUUUUAAUAUCUUGUCGAUCCCAAUAAGAGAAUUGCUACUAAAAUUUACUAUCCUAAGGAAAUAUGUAGUUACAAAAAACUUAAACAUUGUUUUUAUUUUUUUUCGAAAAAAAAACAAACAUUUUUUUUUUCAUUUUCUUGUUGGGAGCGUCAAAAUAUUUUAAUUCAUUUUAAUCACUAAAAGACCCAGUGACAAAAAAAGCUAUUCUAUAGCAUAUAUGCAACUAGACGGUGAAUAUAGAUUAAAUAAAAAAUAAAUUAUCUGUUAUCAAAUAGUACAGAUAAAAAAUAUGACAAUGUACAUAAAUACUGUCCUGUAUUGUAUAGAUGUAAGUAGUUAAUACUGCCAGUGCUGAAUGUGGCCAGAGUCAUGUAAGUAUAGGUAUAUAUAUGAGUGUCGUUUUGUCUGUUAUUGCGUGGUUCCGAGCUGUUUCUUAUUGGGCUAGAAGAUAUAAAAGUCAGAAAACAAAUCUAGAAAAAAACAGCGUUUUGCUUGCUAUUUUUAAUAGAAGAUCUUAAAAAUAAUAAAAAUGUAUCGAAACAGUUCAAGCAGUGGCUUAUGACCUGUCAUAAUGACAUUUCACGCAUCGGUCCGCCAUGUUUUUGUGUUUCUAAUAAUAAUGUUCUUUAAAAUUAAGCCCUUUAAGUACAUUUUCCUAUAACAUUAUAUGUAUUCUAGCCCAAUAUAUACUUUUUAAAGGAGAUAACUCGAGGAAUCGCGCAUUUCUAUUUUAAUAAAAAUAUAAAAUUAUCAUUAUGUUACAAUUGAAAAUAUAUUUUAUUGUGUUACGCUUAAUCUACAUAUUAUAUUUUAUUUCAAAUGUCGUUUAUUGAUGAAGAAUAAUUAUAAUUUUAUAUCCGUUCCCCAUAACAGACAAAGCGCCAAGUGUAAAUUGAUAAUUAAAAUGUUAGGUUUAUUGUAAUCAAAUGGUUAUGAAAUUGUAAAUUCGGUUCCUCGGGUCUCCGUUCCGUUGCCGCACAAUUAUAUUUUUAGAUUUAUUUUUGAAAAUAUAUAUUUUUAUUAUAUUUUUAAUGGAUCCAAUGUGUAUAUUUUUAGAAACGCAAUGUUUGUUUUAUUUUUUAACCAUGACGUACUUUUUAUAUUUCGGUAUUGCAUUAUUGUGUUGAUAUGUCGUUACAUUAUUAUUGUUAUUGCAAAUAUUUAAGUUCUAUUUUUCAUCAACACUAUUUAACGUUAAUAUUACGCUACAUUAGUACUAAUAUUGUUCGCCUAUUAAUUCUACAUCACGUUACAUUUGCUACAUGUUAGUACUAUGUAGCCAUAUUACGUCAAGUUUGUAUUAUUUUACGUCAGUACUAUGUUCAUUUAGUACUAUAUUACGUAUAUUACCGGUGGUUUAGUACUAUAUUACGUAUAUUACCGGUGGUUUAGUACUAUAUUACGUAUAUUACCGGUGGUUUACUACUAUAUAUCGUAUAUUACCAAUAAUUAAGUACUAUUUUUUUUUCAACAACACAGUUCGGCACGAAACGGAGGCCGGCGACAUUUGAUUUCCACUCGUAUCCUCUAGUUACGCUUACUACUGUACUAUAUUAUAAUAUUUUUAUCAAAUUACGCGAGUUUCUUUAAUUCCUAGCGUUUACUGAAUGACUGCUUAGUUUGUACGCGUAUUAAAUUUAUUACUAAAUAAAAAGUUCUGUUUGUUCAUCGUUGCGUGGACGUUGGUUUUUCUAAAUUCUAUUUAACCGCGCGUGGGAGAUAAUGCUUGGUGUUUUUUUAUGAUUAUUUUUCUUUGGAUUUCUAUGGAAAAUGUCUUUUUGUGGUAAAAAAUAGUAUAUACGAGCAAUAUCUCCCGCGUACGACGUUUUGGACCCGAUUUUGUACAAUAUUUGGCGACGGGAUCUCAAAUGUCAAUGUAAUGUUAAAGUAUAUUAAUAUUGUUAAGUGGACAGUUUUCCGUUCUGCUGCUGUGAAUAGUACAUGAUAAUAGAUUAAGGGUUACCUUCGAAGCGGCGCGGACGCCAUUUUGUUUUUAUCUACACAGUACAAUCGAUUUUUGUUACCUUUAGUUUCCGUUCUGACACCUUUAUUGUAUGUUCAGGUUUUUGGAUACGAUUUUUUACUUCUGAUAUAUUUAAUACAUUAGAUUUAUGCGCCAUUCGAAGUCUAAGUCUAAAUAUUGUUUUGUUUUCUUUAGCCUGAAUGAAUAUUAAAAGGUUGUUCAAUUAAAAAAUACAAUAAAAAACUAUUUUUGUGAUUUUUUCCACCAUAAUUUCACGUGUAGAUAAAUGAAAAUGGCGUCUACGUCGCAUACAUCCGAACUAAUUUAUUUUAUCGAAUAUCAGACUGAAUUUUGAUAUAAUUUCACAGUCGCUUGUGGUUGUGACGAGAUAAAUCAAGAUUAAUCUAGAAACGCGGGAUUGUAACUUGAUUUUGUCUUUAAUAUCGUAAAAGAUUUGGGUCUUGCGUUUAUUGUUUCCGUCGUAACUGCUAGCGACAUCUAGUCCACAGCGCGGUGUAUCGGCCGAGAUUUCACUUACUAUUUUUUUUGAUAACUAACUGAUCUAUACUUAUUCGUUUGAACAUAGAGAUUCAGUAAAACUUUUCAUUGAUUUUACCACGAAAAAGUUUAUUCAAUCCUUUGUAAUUUUCAAAUUGAGAAACUUUGUUUUUAAAGUGCAUAAUCGCUAAGAUUGAGACAUUGAAUCUGUAUCUGUAUAAUAGAUCUAUUCUAAUGUUAAUUACUUUUUCGUAGGAAAAUCGAUGAAUUGUGUAAAUACAUGCAAAAUUAAUAAAAGUUCCAUCAACCAUAAAACAUCUUUAUUAUCAUUCUCGUAAAAGAUCUGGUCGAUACAGCGCGGCCGCGUCCAGUGUCCAUGUACUCUGCUGCGUCGUGCCGUACCGUACGCACUGUACGUACCGUACGCACUGUACGUACCGCACGUACAGUACGCGCCGUACGGCACGAACCGGCACAGUACGCUAGUGUAUAGUGUAUAGUAGUUAGGCUAGCUCGAGUCCGGCCCAGCGAAGUGUCGUGCACGAGCCGCGUGGCGAUAUAGGGUGCGUAAACAUGUGCCUUCAAUGUUAAUAAAAUUUUUCAUAGUUGAUGCUUCUAAUUAGACAUAAGUUGUACAUAUAGAUUAGCGCUAACGAACACUUUAUUUUUAUUAUUUAAUUGUACUUUAAUUUAUUGCCUAAGAUCACAGCGAGCGCGUGUCGCGGAUGCGGGCUCGCUUCUCCGGUUCCGAUGUCUUCCUUGCCUGUCUCUUAGCUUCAAUCUUUUCUAUCUGUAGAGAGACGUAGCUUUUUUAAUUUAACAGAUUUACGGUCCGCGUUCGAGUUGUGUUGUCGCUCGCGGCGUUUGCGCAAGCGACUGUCGCUCACUGCGGUUGCGUCUGACGAUCCUUUUUGUUUUCACCUCAAUUAGCGCUUCGAAAGUGUAAAAUAUAUUAUUAUUAUUAUACAGAUUCGCUUGUGUAAAUGUCGUGAAUCGUUAAUUGUCGUGGGACAAGCAAAUGUGUAUAAAUAGAUGAACUAUAACAUUUUUUUAAAGUUACAUAAGGCACUUUCGGUAACGUAGAUUGAAGUACCUUCCGCCCUCGGGCACAAAUAUGUGAAAGUUAAAAUUUCUUGUUGAAAUUGUAAAAUGUUUUCCAAUUUUAGAGAGAAUGUGGUUUAUAUUCGUUUUGUAAGUGACUAGUAUUACGUUGGCGUAUCGCAAGAGUAUCACUAAUCGGACUGUAUUAUUUUUUUAUCUAGCACAUGUAACAAUAAAAAAUAAAACUGGAACUGUGCCAUA